AUGAGGAAGAAUUCAUUUUUGCCCAAUACUGCAGAAAAACCUAUCUCUGAAAAACAUGAACUUUCUAUGAGUGAAGACAGCACAAUUUCUGAUGUGAAUGAUGUCUUGGUUCUGUGUUCAACUUGCCAGCUGUAUGUGGCUCAACAUUUGCUCUUACGUCAUAAACAACAACACAGAGCACUUACCCAAAUGGGCUACAAAUUCGGUGAAAAACCAAUAAACAUUGAUAACCUUACUUUUCAAAGAAGCCAAGUGCUAUCAAAGAAAAACAAAUCUUCCCCUUAUAAGCAGAGAAACACACAAAAGAUUAACCAUUAUUAUGAAACGUUAAAGAGAAUGUUAUCUUUGUCCACGGAAUACUCUAAUGCAGUGAACAUACAAGAUUUUGAAACCCCAAAAAUUUGUUCAGAUACAAACAAUUGCUUAAUAAGAGCAAUAGUCACUUGUUCUGGCAAGAAUACUUCUUGGCAAGGAGACAUGGAGGAUACAUUUACGGUUCUUGACAAUUAUGGAAAGAGGGAAAACACCACUUUUGUGGGCCUAUUUGAUGGUUAUAAUGGAACAUCUGCCUCAUCUUAUGUAUCUGUUGAACUUCCCAUUUUAUUUCUGUACCAGCUUGCACGUGUAGAUCCAUCAUAUAACAUAACUGGGGACGAGAAAGACUUUAUGAGUUCUUUUAAUUCUGUUUUUAAAGACAGUUACAAGGAAGCAGAGAACAAUUUCUCUUCUAUGACAGCCAAGAAUAUGCAUGAAAACGGUCUUGGUAUUGACUUAAUUCAUGCAUCCUACGCAAAAGCCUUCUGGCGGAUGGAUAGGAUUUUAAAACUUGGAAGAAAUGAAAACUCAGCUUCACGAUGGAGUGGCUGUACGGCUGUGACUUGCUUGAUAGAUGGAUUUAAAACUACUAUUGAAAACAAUACAGACAAGGUGUGUGAUGAGGCAACGCAAGUACCCAAACGUAUUCUUGGCAUGUUGCAUAUAGCUAAUGUUGGAAACAUUAAAUCAGUUUUGUGCCAAAACGGGAAAAGUUACUGUCUCACUAAAGAACAUAGUACUUCCAGUUCCCAAGAAAGGAACAGAGUGAUACAGGCUGGAGGAUCGAUCAGUUAUAAUGAAGACCAUGGGCUUGUUGAAGGUUUCUGCUAUCUCACAAGGGGACUUGGUUUCCAUGGAGACACAAAACUAAAGAAAUCUGUAAUACCAGCACCUUCUACCAUCUCAAUCCCAGUAUACGAUUCAUUCCAAUUCCUUGUUCUUGCAUCUAGUGGUUUGUGGGAUGUUCUCAGUGAUAACGAAAUUGUUGCAACAACGAAAGAUUUGCUAGAAUCUUUCAUAAAAUGCGAAACAAAGCCGGAAGACACCAGCAUUAAGUCUCAACAAUAUAAUUUUCAGGAGAGAGACAAUAGCGAGAUGCAGGUUUCAAAACCAGAGUGCCAAUUGCCAACACACAACAGUCUUGCAGACAAUGGAAAACAUCAAAUCUCCAAACGUUCAAUUGAUGAAGUGAAUUCUGAGAAUUUAGGUCGUGCUACCCAAAAUGCUAGAGAGAUAUAUAGUGACGCAGCAGCAUAUGCAUGCAAACAGUUGGUAAAGACUGCAGCAUUAGCAGGAUCUCAGCAAAACAUCACUGUGUGUCUAAUACUUUUUUCUGGAUGCGAUAAUAUAUGAGCAGAAGGACUAGCAGCACACAAUAAAAUGCUUGAUAUACUAUUUUAUUUCUACGCUGGUGUUUUACAAGAGCGCUUCCGAGACCCAGUAAUCGGUCUUUGGGUAAAAACCACCAAACCUGACGAUUUAAGAAAAAGGCAAAUGUACCAUCUUUGCUGGCUCUCCAGCACAUUGUCACCUGUCAUAAGGAUCUCCAAUGACACCUAGUUGAAUUUUGAGAUACAUUGGCUUUUGCUCCUGUAAGAUACCCAACAGAAUUGUGUUUAUUUUCUUGUCACUGUGUGUCUGUGCCAACAUGUAUUUCAUUGAUGUAUGCAC